AUGGUCAAAAAGAAAUUCAAGUUCGAUGAUCUCGAUGUCGAGGGCUACUUUGGCAACAUUGAUCCGUACGAGGCGCCGAAUAAAGCGAAGUCCAGAGUCGCGUACGCCGGCAUAGACCUCAUUUCGGUGAUAUGCCAGCAUGUAGAGCUCGCCGUGGAGCUUGGCAAACAUCUCAAUGGAAAAGAUAUUCUGAAUUUGUGCCUUGCGAACCGCCGCUUUUACGAAGCCGUCAAUGGCUAUCUGCUGUCCAGUGUCCGCGCCUGGAUCGAACACAAAGCCCCUGAAGCAGGACGCAUCUUCCACUACCAGCUCUAUGCAAAGCAUCUGGUUGACGAUCCGCAGAAGAGGACGUGGAUGGCCUUGAAGCAGGGCAUGACGACUUCGCCAAACAAGGACGGCAAGAUUCGCAAGGUGCCCGGACUCAAGUAUCUGCAGCUCGUCUUGGGCCGGGAUAAGUGCUGCAAGGAGAUUCUCGCCAUCAUGGCAAGGUGCGGCCACCGGAUGCCGUCGACGAUGCACCACUCGCUUCUGCGGCUUUGGCUUCUCAUGGAUGUUGCCACUACUCAGCAGAGACAGACGAUGCUGCGGAUGACGCACAUCUUCAAAGACACCGACCUCUACAACAUGCAAAUGUUCUUCGUCAAGCUUGGCAUGCUCUUCAACGACCCUAUUUACGGCCCUUGCACGCUUGAUCUGGUUCAACUCAUGAUGGGCCAGAAAGGCCUAUUCAAGCUCUGGCAGCUGCUCACUCGCAAGAAAUUCAACAAACUGGCCGACAUCCUAGAUCUCAAGUUGCGCUACGAUUUCAACUUCUUCAGCGAGGGCAGUUACUGGGUAGAACACGCGCUGGGCCAGAUUCAGGGCAUCCCCCUUCACGAAAUCGGACAGCAGCAUAAAGAAGGCUGGGGAGCAGGUCGAAUGCAUCUGCUUCGACCCGAUGAGGCUGUUCCUGUGGAGGCUGUGCGCAGAGGUCUUCAACUAGACGACCAUCUGAGCCACAUGGUGAUCUGGGGAUACUUUGACUGGAAGACGGGCGAGAACAUUGUCCCUUCCCUAGAGGAGAUGUACAUUGAAGACGAAGACGAGGUGCUUGCCAACGUCGAUACACUCGAACACUGGAAGCCAAGACAUGUCCUGAAGAAACGCUGGAAUGAGCUCACGCCCCAGCAACAAGACGAAAUCCUGUCUGACGAAGAAGACGAACGACUGCGUGCUCAAGCCUGGUGCAGCACCCUCGAUGAUGAUGACGAUGCCGGCAGUCUGGACGACGUCUCAGAUACAGAUUCGGACGAGUCCCUCGAUCUGGACGAAGAAAUCAACCGCGGCUUCAUCGUUCCU